AUGGUUUUAAUGACUGCUAAUAAUAUCCAAUCAGUAAGAUUACUUGAAUCAAUGACUAAUAAGAAUAGACAAUCACAUGAAAUAAAAUCAAUCUCUCCAGAAGAUUUAAGAGAACAAGCAACAAGAUUUUCAAAUCCUUGCCUUCCUUCUUCUAUAGAAAUAACUGAUUCUUCUUCAUUCAUGUUCAGGUUGCCAGAUGGAUUUAUAAAAGAGGCAUGA